AAAUGGGAUUCCACAUUAGUCUCUGGAGUUUCAUAGGCUCAAUUAUCUACACACUGAUACAAGGCAAGUUCAUUCAGUUCUUGAGUUACAUUCAAUAAUACCCACAAGUUAUUCCAGAAAUACUGUUUUUGACUAUCUACUCAGUGUUGGGCCAAGUCUUCAUCUUUUAUUGCAUUAGGUAAAUGUGAGACUAGAAUUUAAGUUGCUUCUCUCCACGAGUGUUAAGUGUUGUAACAACAACAAGGAAGUUCUUCACUGUCCUCUUGUCCAUUAUGAUUCACAAUCACGAGGUCGAUUAGGUACAAUGGAUUGGCAUAAGUUUGGUUGCCUUGGGAGUGGCAUGGGAAUUAUUUAUGGUAAGGAUGUAUUUCAAUAUUCGUUAGGGAAUGAGUUCCAGAAUCCCAGCUGAGAAGAAGAAGGGUUCAUAUAUAAAGGUUCCUUAUGAAGAAGAGAAGAAGGACGAAGAAACCAAUGGAUAUCAUAAUAAGGAGCAUAAAAAUGAUCACAAACACAAUCAUCACCAUUGAUA